AUGGACAACUACGAAAAAGAGACUUUAAAUCCAAAAAAUGAUAAUAAUAUAGAGGAAAACAAGGAUCCAGAUGCGAUUCCACCGAAUCUCCAGACGUUUGCAAAUUCCUUGGCUGCUUUAGAUGAUGGCGUUAAUGAAUUUCGUAAACGUAUGAAUCAACUGUCAGUGACUAAGCAAAAUUUAGACUCUUUUAAUGAAUCUUUUGCUUCUUUCUUAUACGGAUUACAAAUUAAUGCUUUUUGUGUUGACUAUGAAAAUGCACCUCUAGCUGAAAGUGCUUCCUUGCAGAAAAUCAAGGAUCAGUUGAAAAUGGAAGUUCAAUCGAGGCAAUCUCAGCGCAAUUUUGCAUCUUCUUCUAAUAAUGGUAAUAGAUACGCACAAGAAAUGAAUACUUCAGCACUUGAUGAAACGUUUACUACCAACGAUACCUCUUUUAUUGAACGCCCAGAUUCAUUCCCCGUACCUCGUUGA